AUAGAAAGAACAGAGAUGCUCUUGUACCCAAUUUCUUAGCUCCGUAGGUUUCCUCGCUCUAGACGACUGCUACUAGCUAUACCAAGAGACUCGAGCACUGCAAAUACCUUACAAAACCCUUCGUCUCCUCCCACUUCUCCGAUUCCCCAACCUUUUUCCUCUCUCUCGCUCUCUUUCUCUCUCUAAAACUGAAAGAUCGAACUCCUUGAGUAUGGGUUUCAAAUCGGUUUACCGCUGCUUGCAGGAUGUUUUUCCACAGAUUGAUGCUCGCAUACUGAAGGCUGUAGCUAUUGAACAUUCUAAGGAUGCUGAUGCAGCGGUGAAUGAUGUCAUCACUGAUGUUCUCCCUUACUUGAAAAGGGAUUCUGUUACUCCUACUAAUUCUCCUGGUUAUCAGAAUGGUAGUGUUGAGGAAACACAUCCAAGUCCUUAUUCCGAACAGGGAUGCACUUCUGGUGUAACUUCUGACAAGGCCAAUGAUACAAAUAAUUCCUUUUGCGCUGAUCCUCAACUGCACGAUGAAGCAGAAAAUGAACCUCAAUUUCCAUAUGUUUCUGUUCCAGGUGAUAGUAAUAGCCAAUUGAGUGGAAGUACUGCCAGUGAGGAAGAACACACAAGUGAUGUUAAUAACCACUUAAGUGGAAGUGCCCCCAGUGAGGAAAAACAUUCAAGUGAUGAUAAUAACCAAUUAAUUGGAAGUGCUCCAGAAUGUGAUAGCUCUUUGUUGGAUGUUGAAAGUUCUGUGGCUCAGCUUGUUGCUCCUUUUGUUCAAGAACAGACACAAGGUGUUCGAGAAUGUGAUGUACAGUCAGAAUUUUGUUCACUCCUUCCAGUUGCUGAUUGUGAGAAAUCACAAGCAAGCAAUUCUUCUGAUCAUACUUCUAAAACAGACUAUAUUGUAACUGAGAUGGAAGAUAUCGAAGAUGAAUUGAGCAGGAAUUCCAUAGUUACCCGAUCUGGUCAUUUAUGCAGAACCGAUAUUCUUGAAGAAAUUAUUGAAGAUGCUAAAAGCAACAAGAGAUCCUUGUUUACUGCCAUGGAAUCAGUUAUCAACAUGAUGAGAGAAGUGGAAUUGCAGGAGAAAGCUGCAGAACAGGCAAAAGAGGAAGCUGCUAAGGGAGGGUUGGAUAUUCUUGUAAAAGUGGAGGAAUUGAAACAAAUGUUGGCUCAGGCAAAGGAAGCAAAUGACAUGCAUGCAGGAGAAGUGUACGGAGAAAGGGCCAUUUUAGCUACUGAACUAAAGGAGCUUCAAUCUCGUCUUCUAGGCUUGUCAGAUGAAAGGGACAAAUCACUGGCAACUCUUGAUGAGAUACACCACACCCUUGAAGCACGGCUAGCUGCAGCAGAAGAAGUGAGGAAAGCAGCUGAACUGGAAAAGCUAGAGAAGGAAGAAUCUGCAAAGAAUGCACUUGCUGAACAAGAAGCCAUCAUGAAGAAAGUGGUUCAGGAGUCAAAGUUGUUACAACAAGAGGCAGAGGAGAAUGCCAAGUUGCGUGAAUUUUUGAUGAAGCGUGGUCGCAUUGUGGACAUGCUGCAAGGAGAAAUCUCUGUAAUAUGUCUGGAUGUGAGUUUGCUGAAAGAGAAAUUUGAUGAACGUGUUCCUUUAAGCCAGUCGCUAUCCUCUAGCCAGACAAGUUGCAUCUUAGCUUCCUCAGGCUCAUCCCUCAAAUUCACAGCUCCUGGCUUAGUUCUCGAUCACGAACAGUCAUCCAAGAACCUGGAUAAGGUAAACCUGGAUUCCUUGAUCAAUGACCCAUCACCAAGAAGCCAGUUGGGAGAGGACAAAGUGAUUUCAAAUGACAGAGAACUUUUAGAAGACGAAUGGGAUAUCUUUGACAAGGAUGUUGAAUUGGACGGCUGAGCCUACAUGGAUCUUGAAGAUAUAUUAGAACUUUGAACAUUUUUUUACUGCUGCCUUACGAUUUUUUAGCAAAUAGGAUAUCUGAUAUUGACAGUCCUGAAAAUAUUACUAGUCUGUCUAUGUUUAUAUCUUUUCGAAACAAAGUGGAGCUUUGAUAUAUUCAUGCUGUGAUAGUUGAUCUACUGUACACGACUGUAUUUGAACAAUAAAUGAAAUGUGUUUAACUGCUUUGUUACUGUAA